GUCAGAGGUCGUGUAGUCCAGUGUAGCUAUCAAAUACGAUUGUGGUUUGGUAGUCUUCUGCGACUUUCUGCGGCAGACGGAUUAAUUGACAGGAAGAUGUUGAUUUCACGAGGAGCCCAGCUUUUAAAGGCAGUGUGUAAAUCAAAUGCUAGAAAAAAUGUUGCCAUUAAUUUUGCCCAGACUCGCGGUUGUAAAUUGUUUUACCGUUCCUCACUACCACCAUAUAAAACUGAAAUUGUACUAGUAGAGAUACUUAUGGGAACAUUCUAUUGGUGGCUUCUGUGGAAUAUGUGGCACGACUGGGAACUUGUAUUUAUUGGCCAUCAUCCACUUCCAUAUCCGGAACAUUGGUCUGAUGAGGAACUGGGAAUUCCACCAGAGUAUUAAUGAUAAUAGGUAGAUCCUUUUUAGCAGCACAGUGCAUUUUAUAGAGCUGUCAACUCAUUAUCCCAUAAGGAUACAGUGGUUGUGACGCUUAAUGUCUUUGUAUCAUAAAAUAAACUAUUGCAGUGAAUUUAUUUGUGAA